CUUGUACAUUACUUGUACAGUAAUUACGGUAAUUAAUGUCAACAAUUCAGGAACUGACUUGUUAUAAGAAUUUAAAUCGCUCCUUCCUCCUUUUAUGCGGAUAGUUUUCAGUUUUUAGUUUUUACUGUACUUUUUAGUUUUUACAGUUUUUAGUGACUUUUUACCAUGUCUCCAGUGAAAAGCCACUACCACGGCGGUAAAUUAAGAGGCUGUCAUCGUAGCUUGCAUCUCAGGCGGGUCGCUUUGCAGCAGCGUGUAUUUUGGUGCGAAUGGACUGCCACGCAGCGCACAUAGCACUUCUGGCCAACUGCAACGUAAACACUGCACUGACAGCAGUUGCAAAAACGUGUUUUGGAAUUUUCACGAUCUUUGUAUUUACGGUAAUUUACCAACGUUUUCCUUUUCUCGCUACCGUGCACGUGGAUGAUUCUGCUUUCCUGAAUAAAUCUUACUCCUGCAAAAAUGUCCGUCUCGGGUGGGAUCUUUCGCUGGCUGGAUAUUCUGGAAGCGGAGUUUGAUCGCGCGCACGUGGAAGUGGAUCUGGCGCUGCGCGAACUGGAGCCGGACGAGUACAAUCUGGCGGCCAACAUCCGCGAGAAGCUGGCCACGUUGUGCGCCACGUUCACGCAGCUGAGCGAGAAGGCGCAGUCCAUCUUCCAGAACAACUGCAGACUGGAGGCGCAGCUGUACAGUCUGCGGGAGGAUGUGACGGAGGCGCGCACACAGUGCUCGCUGAUCGAUAGCGAACGCCGCCAGCUCCUCUUCGAGGUGCACGAAGCCCAACUGCAGCACCCGGCCACGCAGCAGCAGGACGCCCACCAAGCGCAACGGGUUAGCCGCAGUCUGGGCGAUGGAAAAGUGGCCGUGAGCGAAAAGCGGGCGAGCGAUGAGCGAUUACGCGCGGAGAACACGCAGUUGAGCAAGGAGAACGUGCAGCUGCGGCAGUGGCUGAUGGACACGGAGAGCGAGCUGUUCGCUGCACUCCUGGCCGCACGCUACCUUGACAAAGAACUCGCCGGAAGAAUUCAGCAGAUUCAGCUGCUGGCCCGCGAUCUACGUCCGGAAGAUCAUGAUCGCCUAUGGAGUCAGUUGGAAGCCGAAAUCAACCUCCAUCGUCAUAAAACCAUUACGCAAGCCUGUCGUCAGCGUGGACGUCGGCGCCACACGGGCGGAUCGGCUCGCACGGACCGCCAGCGCGCUCAGGUGGAGCGCAGUGUGGCCGGGAUCGUCCGGGAAGUGGAGAUCUUCAAGGGCGCCGGGCAGAGCCUGGGUUUAACCAUCACGGGUGGGCAGGAGCACGGCGUGCCGGUGGUCAUCUCGGAGAUCCAGGACCAUCAUCUGGCCGCCCAGAGCGGCGCCUUCCUGGUGGGCGACGCCAUCCUGGCCGUCAACGGCGUCGAUCUCCGCAGCGCCAAGCAUUCCGACGCGGUGAAAGUGUUGUGCCAACUGAGUGGGAAUAUCACCUUUGAACUGCUGUACGUCAGCGGGGAUUCCGAUUCGGAAGAUGAAGCGGACGGAGAGGGUUUUGUCGACCCGGAGCAGCUGCCGGUGACCACCGGGCCGGACGCUCCGUACGACCAUCACAACGGGCAUGAUGCGCAUUAUUACGCUGAUCUGCUGGUCAAGAAUGGCAUCCGCCAGCAACGGUCUGACUCGGUGUCGGCCAACGUGUUCGACCCGCACGCCCCCUCCCCGGCCCCGGCCCCGCACCCCACCGCCAACGGCCAUCCCGGGGCGGGGGCGCGGCCCCGCCCGGACGCCAGCUACGCCGUGACCUCCACGCACUCGUCGCCGGUGCACUCGCGAUCGCCCUCGCGCGGCAGUGUCAGCGGGCGGCGCCGGCUGCGCUUUCCGGGCCGCGCCUUCCCGGUGCACCUGCGCAACACCCAGUCCACGGAGAUCCACUGAGGGAUUCGCUAAUAAACGUGCUCGCGCUGAACUGGUAUUUUUUUUUGCACAUUAUUACGGCUUUCUCUGUACUGCACUCCGGUGUUCUGCGCUGUUUUUUGUAUUGAUCUUGGGGGUUGUACGGUGAAUGGGAAUGGUUGCUUAUUGGUUAGUUUUGUCAAGGAAUCCCCGGUUACAAAAAUUACAAA